GAUAAAUUGCUUUGGGAUUGACAUUGACAGUUUGCCAUGACCCCAGAGAGAGAUUUGUAUAUAGAGAUUGUCUCAGCAGCAUUGAUGCCCUAUAUACAUUGGGUACAUGUGGCACUCGUGUUUUCACAGGACUCAUGAUUUAUAUACCUUACUUGCAUGUGAAGGGCAUUUCUGUAACGCUGCACAUUGUUUGCCCCUUUACUUAACAUAAUUCAUGGUCUUCAUAAACAAUACUAUGAUAAAGGGGAAAACAUCAUUCUAACAUUAUUGAGACAUAGAUGAAAUACUGUUUCUAGAAUGUCAGCCAUUACACACAGCAAUAACACAGGGGUCAAUGUCUCUGCUAUGAAUGGCACUGCUAGUUUUGAACUGCUUUAUUCUGAAAGUAUCAAAGCCAUUUUGACUGUGCUCAUAUCUUUGCUGAUUGUGAUCACAAUUCUUGGUAAUGUUCUGGUAAUGUUCGCUUUUAUUUUAGACAAAACGCUCAGAAGUCAAAGCAACUUCUUUCUUCUGAAUCUGGCCAUCUGUGAUUUCUUAUUAGGGGCAGUUGCCAUCCCUUUGUAUAUUCCAUAUUUGGUGACAGGAAAGUGGUUGCUGGGAAGAUUUUUAUGUAAAUUAUGGCUGGUAGUUGACUACACAUUGUGCACAGCAUCAGCAUUUAAUGUUGCUUUAAUAAGUUAUGACAGAUUCCUCUGCGUCACCAUGGCUGUUCUUCAGAGAUGAGUCCUGACUGGUGAUCUGAGCAGGAUGGAGAAGAAGAGGCAAAGUGAAUGCCAGAGUUAU